CAGAGGGGGCCAUCAAGAAACCCGGGAGCACUCGACAUCGACGACCAUCAUCAGCACCCGCGCCCACCCUCUCUCUCUCUCUCUCUCCUCUUCCCCGCCUUUCUCUCUCUAUGUCUUCCGCAUUGUCUCUCUCUAGAGAGGAGGAUGGAGGUGGGGGAAGAGGAGGGUGCGUGCGGGGAAGGAAGCGAAGAGAAGCGAAGGCCGAGGAGGGAAGUGCGAGCGAGCGGGAGCCCCUCGUGCCGCCACGUGGCGCGCUCCGACUGGUUAGGUGCAUUGAACGAGGAAGGAGAGAGAGAGAGAGGGUAGAGAGAGAGAGAGAGAGGAAGCGGAAAGGAGGUCCCUUUCCGUGCGAGAAGACCCGAGGACGGGGAACUACAAAAUGGGUCGGGGGCGGAGUUGGCGGUCGCGUGUGGGGUCUGUGAGCGCUUGCGCUUGCGCGGUUCGAUGGCUCGUCAGGGGGGCGUAACGCCGUCCACCCUUCCUCUGACCCGCCCGGCGAAUCCGUAUCUGUAGAAGCGCUUCCCUUUAUUUUCUCUCUCUAGAAGCACUCCUCCCUUCUCUCUCCCUUCUCUCUCUCUCUAUUUAUUCGUUGUUUGUGCCCACACAAGUCAUUUGUCGCCCUCUUCUCUCUCCUCUUCUCUCUCUCUCUCUCGCGUAUCUCAGCCACCACCCUCUUUUGCUCCCUUGCCCUAAAUCUCACAGACCCAUCUCCUCCCUCAUCUCGCAAUCCCACCACCACCGCCUCUCUGGUCUGCCUCUGCCCAUCUGGGGGCAUGCAUCUCUGAAUCCGGGCUGGUGCUGUCUGCCCCUCUUGAUCCGCUGCUGGUGAGGCUUUCGAGCUCAGGUGUCUGUUUGGCCACUGCCCAUUUCGAGGAUUUUGGCCAUAUUGAAGUGUCACUCAUAUUUUCAAUUGAUUCAUGACAUGCUUAGGCCACAUGGUAGCUGCAAAUGUGAGGAACAAUUUUGAAGAUGAAGGACGGCAGCUCAUUCACGAAUGAACAAUUUUGAAGAUGAAGGACGGCAGAUCAUUGACGAAUGAACAAUUUUGAAGAUGAAGGACGACAGCUCAUUGACAAAUGACAUAAGUAACAAAAACUGGGUCUUGAAACGCAAGCGAAGAAAGCUGCCAUGUGGACAGGAUUUGGUUAAUGGUAAAGAACAGAAUUCGGUGGCCUUGGAGGUCCCAGAGACUACGACUUCUGCCAAGAGCAAGCUACAAUCUGAAAUUUCUCUGGAUUGGUCUUCAUCGAAGAAGAAAGGAAUUGAUGGGUAUUUCUAUGAAUGCGUUAUUUGUGAUCUUGGAGGCAACUUGUUAUGUUGUGAUAGCUGUCCCCGGACCUUUCAUAUUGAGUGCCUUGACCCUCCUCUCAAGCGGAUUCCACUGGGGAAAUGGCAAUGUCCUAAUUGCUGCUCGAAAAAUGAUUCAGUUGAGCCAAUAAGCCAUCUCGAUUCCAGUUUAAAGCGAGCUCGGACGAAAAUUAGUGGGUCAAGAUCCAAGACAUUGUCUAGCACGGAAAAAGUAUCUCGAAUGCUUGGUAGCUCCCAUUUUCCAAGCAAGAGGUCUUUGAGUGGAGGGAAUUCUGUUGUGACGCCUGAAGUUCAGCAGUUGGAAGGUAAGCCAGAUCUGUCCCCAGGAGAGGACCCAUGCACCAACAAGCCUGGUUGCCCAUCCCUGGGCAGUUCUACGGAUGGAACCUCUUCCUCUCAAAAAAAUGAUGAUGAACAGAAGGUAGAUGUACCUCCAGCAAAAGCUCCUUCAACCAGAAGAUUAGCUUCUCCUUCUGCACCUGCUUCAUCUCAUUCUCAACUGGUGAGUUCAGAACAAGAUGAUGAAGCAUCAGAGAAAAAUUCUCAAUGUUGUGAUGGAUUCAAUAGUCCAGAUGGUCAAGCUGCUCUCGUAAUUGGUACUAGUAAACAGAGAGUUAAGAAGAGAAAGCAUGUGCAGAAAAAUGACAUUCAGAAGAAACGCAGGACUGACAAUGGAAAGCAAAUUAUUGCUGCUUCUAAGAGCAGGAAUGAUGAUGGCAAGCAAAUUAUUGGUGCUUCUAAGAGCAGGAAUGAUGAUGGCAAGCAAAUUAUUGCUACUUUUAAGAGACAUGGAUCGAAGAAGAAAUCUGCAAUACCUGAAAUGGGUAAUUCACAAUUAAGAAAGAGAACAAUUGUAAACAGGGGUUCACGGUCUGCCACGGAAGAAAACGGAGCAAAAGAAGGUUCAAAUGGUCCAAAUAAACAAAAGAAGCUUUCUGGAGAGUUGAAAAGCCCACCAGUUAAGCCAAAGAAAAGAGACCGUCAUGUGAAUGAUACACCAGUGUGCGUAAGCGGCACCGUCAGUGAAUUUCAGCAGGUUGAUCGGGUUUUGGGCUGUCGUGUUAGAGAGAAGCAGGACAGACAUCCGGACAGUACUUCCGGCGAAAUCAACUUAGAUGCAGGAAACAGGGUUGCCCUUGCCGAUGAAAAACAAGCUGAUAUUAGCAAUGGCAGUGAUAUCAAACUGCACAAUCUGAAUGUCCACGAGAGUUCGUUGACCAAGGACUGUAAAAAUAGUAGUUGCAUGGAUUCGUUGAAGAGUGAUACGGAGCAUUUAGCUUCUGAAACUGAUGUGCUUGAAGAUUGUGAUGAAUCUUCUAAGGCCACAGAUGAUCAGAGAGGACCAGACGCUGGAGUAAUGGCAGACUCGGUUAAUUUUAUAAAGCUGAAUGGUAAUGACAAAGGUGAAGUUACUACAACAGGCGAAAUGCGAGUUUCUGUUGAAGAAAACGACAAAGGAGUUCAGGAUGAAGGAGGGACGGGAUUAAGUCCUGAGAGCAUAAAUCAGGAGCCUGAACUGGCUGAAUGUGCGUCUGUUGACCAAGAGUCUCCAUCAUAUGAGUUUUUGGUUAAGUGGGUUGGGAAGUCAAAUAUUCAUAAUAGGUGGUUACCUGAAUCUCAGUUGAAAAUUCUGGCUAGGAGAAAGCUCGAAAACUAUAAGGCAAAAUAUGGUACAUCAGUGAUUAACAUUUGUGAGGAGAGGUGGAAACAGCCUCAGCGUAUUAUUGCUCUUCGUGCUUCCAAAGACGGUACUCGUGAAGCUUUUGUGAAGUGGACAGGGCUUCCCUAUGACGAAUGCACAUGGGAGAAGCUAGAUGAACCUAUUCUGAAAGAAUCUUCAAAUCUUAUCGAUGUAUUCAAUCAGCUGGAACAGCAGACACUGGAGAAAGAUUCUUCUAGGCAUGAUUCACGUGGGGAUAGGGCUGGCCAUCCCAGUGAGAUCAUGACUUUGACAGAGCAACCCAGUGAACUUAAGGGCGGUUCACUAUUCCCCCACCAGCUUGAAGCACUUAAUUGGUUGCGGAAAUGCUGGUGUAAGUCUAAAAAUGUUAUACUUGCAGAUGAGAUGGGUCUCGGGAAAACUGUAUCAGCAUGCGCUUUCAUUUCAUCGCUAUAUUGUGAAUUCAAAGCUUCUCUGCCGUGUUUGGUUUUGGUCCCACUAUCAACCAUGCCCAACUGGCUUUCGGAGUUUUCGUUGUGGGCUCCUGGUUUGAAUGUUGUGGAGUAUCAUGGAUCUGCAAAAGCAAGAGCAGUUAUUCGUCAACAUGAAUGGCACGCUAGUGAUCCAAUUGAUGGCAAUAGAAAAACGGUUUCCCACAAAUUCAAUGUACUAUUGACGACUUAUGAAAUGGUUCUUGCUGAUUCCUCACAUUUGCGUGGCGUUCCAUGGGAAGUACUUGUGGUUGACGAGGGCCAUCGUCUGAAAAAUUCAAGUAGUAAGCUGUUUACUCUACUGAAUACAUUUUCAUUCCAACAUCGUGUGCUAUUGACUGGUACACCUCUUCAAAAUAAUCUAGGCGAAAUGUACAACCUACUGAGUUUCUUACAGCCGGCUUCAUUUCCUUCCAUUUCAUUAUUUGAGGAGAACUUUAAUGACCUCACAACUGCAGAAAAAGUUGAGGAACUUAAGAAACUGGUUUCUCCGCACAUGUUGAGAAGGCUUAAGAAGGAUGCCAUGCAGAACAUUCCCCCAAAAACUGAACGGGUGGUCCCUGUUGAGUUAUCAUCAAUUCAAGCUGAAUACUAUCGUGCAAUUUUAACAAAGAACUACCAGUUACUGAGGAAUAUUGGGAAAGGGGUAGCACAGCAGUCAAUGUUAAACAUUGUGAUGCAGUUAAGAAAAGUAUGUAAUCAUCCCUAUCUAAUACCUGGCACAGAGCCUGAUUCUGGUUCUGUUGAGUUCCUCCAUGAGAUGAGGAUUAAAGCUUCAGCCAAACUUACUCUUCUGCAUUCGAUGCUCAAGGCCUUUUUCAAAGAAGGUCAUCGGGUCCUGAUUUUCUCACAGAUGACCAAGCUUCUGGAUGUCCUUGAGGAUUAUUUAACUAUUGAGUUUGGUCCCAAGACAUAUGAGAGAGUAGAUGGUUCUGUUUGCGUCACAGAUCGCCAGGCAGCAAUUUCUCGCUUUAACCUAGAUAAAAGUCGGUUUGUAUUCCUAUUAUCAACACGCUCUUGUGGGUUGGGAAUCAAUUUGGCAACCGCUGACACAGUAAUUAUCUAUGAUUCUGAUUUUAAUCCUCAUGCUGAUAUCCAAGCCAUGAACCGUGCACAUCGGAUUGGACAGUCUAAUCGGCUUUUGGUGUACAGGCUCGUUGUUCGAGCUAGUGUAGAAGAACGUAUAUUGCAACUUGCCAAGAAGAAAUUGAUGCUUGAUCAGCUUUUUGUAAAUAAAUCUGGAUCUCAGAAGGAGGUGGAAGAUAUACUCAGGUGGGGUACAGAAGAGCUUUUUGGUGAUUCUUCCAACGGUGGCAAGGAGUCUUCAGAUAAUGAUAACGGCAAAACUGAGCCAAUGCUAGAUGCAGAGCAUAAGCAUAGGAAGAGAGCUGGUACUUUAGGAGAUGUUUACAAGGAUAAAUGUGCAGACGGCAGCAACAAGAUUGUAUGGGAUGAUAAUGCAAUACUGAAGUUGCUUGACCGUUCGAAUCUUCAGGAUGGAUCCACUGAGUGCACUGAAGGAGAGAAUGAUAUGCUCGGUUCAGUGAAGUCCCUUGAAUGGAACGAUGAGCUAAUGGAAGAGCGCGGGGAAGGCGAAUCACCUCCUGUUUUGAGCGAGGAUGUAUGUGUUGCAAACUCUGUGAAGAAAGAGGAUAGUGUUGUUACUGUUCCUGAAGAAAAUGAAUGGGACAGACUUCUCCGAGUGAGAUGGGAAAAAUAUCAAAGUGAGGAGGAAGCAGCUCUUGGUCGGGGAAAGCGUGUCAGAAAAGCUGUUUCUUACAGGGAAGCAUAUGCAGCACAUCCAAGUGAAAUGGCCAACGAGCAGAGUGGUGAUGAAGAGGAACGGGUACCAGAGCAAGAGCCAGAACGGGAGUAUACACCUGCUGGACGUGCUCUAAAGGAAAAAUAUGCUAAGCUCCGUGCUAGACAAAAAGAACGCCUUGCUAGAAGGAAUCAAAUUGAAGAAUCUCAGCCCAGUGGGGGGCCGUUGGGACCUGAGGGAACAAUUCAAUGUCCACCUGAUGUUCAAAAUGGUAAUGAAGUAGCUGGUUUUAUUCAAACCAGCCAGGGCACUUUCUCGGUAAUUGACUUGGACAAUGACAAAUCAGAUGGUACGAAAGCCGAGCACCCAAGUCAGAAAACAAAUGUUCAUUCAGAUCCUUCUUUUAGUCCUUUAAGCCGCCCUCCAGACAUACUUCCGCUCCACCAACAUGAUGGCCAACAUGAAGGCACAGUCUAUCCAAGCUCUGAGUCUGACAAAUUGUUACCAGUUCUAGGACUCUGUGCACCAAAUGCUAAUCAGGUUGAGUUAUCACGUAGGAAUUCUACGCGACCAAAUGCUAGACAAAGUAGACCGGUUGGUCUGGAAUUCCCGUUCAGUCUGGCUCCAUUCUCUGGUAAUUUGAUGGGUACACAUCUGAAGGGUUUGGAACCAACACUGGACAGAUUAAAGGUGCCUGAUGGCCCUGGAGAAGUUUCACAAUUGCAUCCUUAUCCUCCAGCACCUCUCCAUGACUCUGGUCGGCUGGAAAACGCUGGGGUCAAUUCCUCUGAUUUUCGGGAUAUGAUGAUGACACCUAAAUACGUGGAGGAGACGCUGAUGCCCAGAUUCCAAGUUCCAGCUAAAGGUGUACUUCCACAACAUGACUUCUUGCCAACAUUAUCACUGGGAAGUAGGGUUGAAGCUGGGCGUGAGUCUAUUCAAGAUUUCCCACCAAUUCCCCCACUGCCACAUUUCAAAUUUCCUCCACAGGAUGUGGCUAGAUAUGGUCAUCAGCGAGAAAGAGAAACGGUGCCCUCUUUGGGGUUGAAUCAAAUGCCUACAUUCUCAUCAAUUCCGGAAAACCACAGAAAGGUGCUUGAAAAUAUCAUGUUGAGAACUGGCUCUGGGUCUAGUAACCUGCAUAGAAAGAAGUCCAGAGUUGAUGGCUGGUCCGAGGAUGAACUUGAUUUCCUUUGGAUUGGUGUCCGGAGACAUGGACGUGGAAAUUGGGAUUCCAUGCUCAGAGACCCUAGGCUGAGGUUCUCAAAAAACAAAACUCCAGAAGAUUUGUCGGCUAGAUGGGAGGAGGAGCAAGUCAAGCUUUUUGAUGGAUCAUCUCUCCCCAUGCCAAAGCCCACUAGACCAUUGAAACCUGGAAAAUCCUCAUCAUUUCCAGGAUUCACGGAUGGGAUGAUGACGAGGGCCUUGCAGGGAAGUAAACUUGCUAUGCCUCCAAAGUUUCAGUCGCAUUUGACCGACAUGAAGUUAGGUUUUGGCGAGAUGGGUCCUCCUUUGCCUCCCUUUGGUGCUUCUGAUCAACUAAGUCUUCAAAAUGAACACUUAGCAGCUCUUCUACCUCAUAAUAACCCUGACAAACUUCGGGAGACUUUUGUUCGCCGUUAUUAUGGCGGGCCUUCUGAUUUGCCUGGGACUUCACUCAGCAUGCCUUUUGAGAAGCCAUUUAUGCCAAACUGCUUUGGCUCUGGCAUGGGUUCGGUGGGUGUGGUUGGCUCAAGUAGCUUCCAGCCUAGGGAUGAUGAGCAGAUUCCGUAUCCGAAGUUGCCUGGUCUCUUGGGUAAACCUCUGAAUAUGUUACCUGAAUUGAGAAAUAAUUAUGGGGGUGAAUCAAGCGGUAUGGUCUUGUUGCCUGACCCUGAUAAGCUUGUAAAUCAUCAGUUCCAUUCUAAAGGGAAAGAAGUAAUAGAUGAGGGUGCUUCUAAGAAAAAUUUACCCCAUUGGCUCCGAGAAGCUGUGACUGCUCCUCCACCGGCACCAGAUCCUGAGCUGCCACCCAAUGUAUCCGCAAUAGCUCAGUCAGUGAGACUGUUAUAUGGGGAAGAUAAGCCUACCAUUCCUCCUUUUGUGAUACCAGGUCCUCCUCCUUCUCGACCGAAGGAUCCAAGACUCAUUCUUAAAAAGAGAAAGAAGUCGGAGCAAAUGCGGCCCAUCCAGGCAGAACUCCAGGAGAGCAGGCAACUCCCUCCGCGGAAUCUCUUAGGUGAUGAUGCUGCUUCAAGUUCUAUCCCUCUGGUCCCUGAGCUUAAUGCAUUUCCACCAUCGGUGGCCACAAUGCCUGAUCCUGCUCAGAAGGAGGCUUCACUUAACGCGUCAACUUCAGCAAUGCAUCAACCUUCAAAGGAGAAAAUGAAUGCAGAACUGUCUCCAUCGUCUGAAGUACUUAAGCUGGUCGCAUCCAGCAUUGGUCCGGGUCAACAGCUUGCCCUUUUUCUGCCCACGAAAAGCUUAGAUCUCACUGGAAGUGAUGUAUCCUCAAUGAAACACAGUCUUGACCCCGCAGGCAAUUCUGAACCAAAUCAUGCUGGAGGCAAGGAGCAACCACAUCCCGUCGAUGGGCUUGCUGAUCCCCAGAAAUUAGGCCAGCCUGAAAGUGGGAAUUCUUUCGGUAAGACUCGGUCAGUUCUUUCUCGGACUGAUCAUCUUGAUGCAGAGGAAGUCUCGUCUGAGGAGACUGUUUCGGAUCAUCCCGAGAGUGACAAUGAUCCAUAAAUUCAAGGCAGGAGAGUGACAAACUAUGGAAAUCACAAUUCUUUCGUGGGACUGGAAGCGUUAGGGUGCUUUGCAGAUGGUGACAUAAAUUCUUUUCUUGUAGACUUUGAGCAGUGACGGUGAGCAAUGAAACCGCAAAGAUAGGGACAAUUAGCCAAAUUAGGACAUCUCUGUGUAAAGCUUUUGUUAUAGAAAAUGAGAUUAUAGUGUUAAUCGCUGUACAUUCCUCUUACUCAAAUGUUGCAGGUGCUAGAUUAGCAUAAAGAUCAGGCAAAUUCUUCGUCGGACUGUUACCGGUAAGUUUUGUAGCUCUAAUGAGACCAGAGGAAAGAGCUCUGUUAGUGCAGGCAUUUAACCAGAGUGAGGUUGCUGAGUGGCUUCGUCCACUACAUCACUCUUGAAUCAAGUCAACUGGUGCAUUUAUCUUUC